AUGCUUCAAAUUCUACAAAAAUUAAAUCUAACGAUACACGAUGUCUUUGUUAUAUUUUUAAUUUCAAUUAUAAGUUAUAUUGUUUACGUUGCAAUAAAAUAUCCGGAUCGUGCAUUAGGAACAAGGUCCAGGAAAGAUCUCGUUGGGCCUAAGGGUUUUCCAAUAUUCGGAAAUGCUUUCUCAUUUUUAAGAAGAAAAACUUAUAUUCAUUACGAACAAGAUUUGGCAAAUAAAUAUGGACCACUUUUAAUUGUCUCAAAUGAUCCACAAACAAUAGAACAUAUUUUAAAAUCGGAUUUUGAGAAUUAUGAAAAAAGUGAUGUUUUACGCGAAUUGGGUUAUGAAAUUUUUGGAGAUGGAAUAUUUGUGAUUAAUGGGUUGCAUAAAUGGAAAUUUCAAAGAAAAAUAAUAAGUCGCAUGUUUCUAGGGAAAAACUUUAGAAAUCUGAUUUAUUCAUCUAUGAUUAGAAAAUCUCAAACGUUAAUAGACAUUUUAACAAAGUAUGCAGAUAGCGGAAACCCCAUUGAUUUACAAGAUUUAUUUUACAAAUUCACUAUAGAUACCUUUGGAGACAUAUCAUUCGGUGUAGAUUUUGGAUGUCUAACCCAUCCUGAGGAAAAAUCGCAAUUUGUUACUAAUUUAAAUUAUGCUUUAGAAGUUAUGAAUGAAAGAUUUGAGCAACCUUUAUGGAAAUUUAUAGAAAACUGGGAAUAA